UCCUAUCUGAUCUUAUAUAAUUUUCAAGGUAUUAUCGACUCUUUGCAAUCAAUGGUCACCUUUUCUGUUAUCAUGUUCUCCAGUUUGCAUAUCUAUUGUUGUUGCCUUACUGUGAUACUCAUGCUGUCUAAAAGAUUUCCUUCCAGGAUCAGGGGAGAGAGUGAGGAUAAAAUGGGCAAUAUGAAAAUUCUUGCAGAAGCCAAGAAGUUAUGGAUGAAACUCAAUCUCCGGGGGGCGAUCCUUACGAGCUUUUCUCUGCAAGUCUUUCUCAUAUUUUUUGCACCCAUUCGAAAGAGGUGUUCAAAAAGGUGGAUCGUGACGCUCACCUGGUCAGCUUAUUUGGUUGCUGACUUGGUCGCUGACUAUGCCCUUGGACUCAUUUCCAAAGCCCAAAUCAGUGGUUGUGCUUCAGACUACGACACUGAUGCAAAUGGUGACCUUUCGGCAUUUUGGGCUCCAUUUCUUCUGCUGCACCUUGGAGGACCAGACACAAUCACCGCUUUCGCGCUCGAGGAUAAUGAGCUGUGGCGUAGGCACUUGCUUAAUCUCUUAUUCCAGCUUGGCGCUGCAGGAUAUGUAUUUUAUCAAACGCUCCCCAGUAACAAGUUGAUUGUCCCAACCAUCCUCAUGUUUAUUGGUGGAACCACAAAAUACAUAGAGAGAAUACGUGCACUGUAUAUUGCAAGCUUCAGUAAACUCCGUGACUUCUUGCUCACGUCUUUGGAUGCUAGGCUGAAUAUCCGUGCCUCGAUAGAGAUGAUGCCGGGGCCCGAUAUUGAAUCCCCAGAUGUCGGAGAAGAAGAUAAAACCAAAUUGAACGACAGAGAAGUGAUAAAAGCCGCAUGUUUUUACUCCAUAAACUUCAUAGGCCUCCUUGUGGAUCUCCCCUUCAGCUUCCAUGAACGUAACCAAAGCAGGGAAUUUUUCAGGUGGAGAAGUGCAAAGGAUGCUUUUCGGGUCAUUGAGGCUGAGCUCAACUACUUUUAUGAUGUUCUUUAUACCAAAGCUCUCGUGGUGCAUUAUCCAAUAGGAUUCCUUUCACGAGCUAUCUCAAUUGGCUCUGUGGUUACUGCUUUUGCACUUUUCUACGUCCUGCACAAGCAUGGUUUUCACGAAUAUGAUAUACGGAUUACAUACACCUUGCUCCUCGGAGCUGUUGGCCUGGAAUUUGUAGCUCUUAUUAUGCUGAUCUGCUCUGACUGGACAAUUGCACUUUUAGGGAUAUGUGAGGAACAUCGUAAAUGUUUGUCUAUAGGAAGCACCUUCAGUGAGUUCCUCCUCAAAUUCAAAUCUGAAGGUUCGUCGUUUGCAUUGCAUAUUCUCCACGCUAGAUGGUCUAAAGUUAUCUUCCAGUACAAUUUGAUAGAUUCUCAGCUGAGAAGGUGGCCAAAAUGGAUUGAGCAACUACUCCGUCUCAUCUGUCUGGAUGAAUUUCUUAAGGACUUGAGGUCUGGGCGAGUAGAACCAUACAGUGACAAAUUAGGUGAACUGAUUUUUAAUGAGCUGAAACGGAAGUCAUCCAAUGCAAAUGAUUUGGAAAGCAUAAGGGAGAUGUGUGCUGCUCGAGGUCAAUGGGCUCUGGAGCAUUCUAAAACACGGCAAAUAUGUGAAGACUUGAUUCCAUUCAUCCGCGAUGUCGAUUAUGAUGAGAGCCUUUUACUGUGGCACGUUGCCACUGAGCUCUGUUACAAUACUGACACUGAUGAAAGUACCGACCCCGACACUGAUGGAACUAGGAAUGAUCGUGUAAACAGUAAGGUCUUGUCGGAUUAUAUGCUUCAUCUUAUGAUCAAACAACCUGGUAUGAUGUCUGCAGUGGCUGGGUUUGGCAAAAUAAGGUUCCGAUGCACUUGUGCUGAGACGUACAAGUUAUUCAGUGAUAAUAGUGAAGAUAUCUUUGAUAAGAGCGAAGCGAACACGAGGACGGAAAAUGCCUGCAAAAUUCUUCUCUCUGUUAAUCCAGAAGCGAAGCCAGCUGAUGUGAAAGGAGACGGAAUCGAAUCUGCGCUUUUCAACGCGUGCAUUCUCGCAAAAGAGCUGAGGAAAUAUGGGGAGACCAAAUGGGUGAUCGUGAGUGAAGUAUGGGUGGAAUUGCUGGCGUAUGCCGCCAUCCAUUGCCGGCCGGACAUGCAUGCUCAACAGCUUAGUGAAGGAGGAGAACUUGUCACCGUGGUUUGGUUAUUGAUGGUACAUCUUGGCUUGAGUGAACAGUUCCAAAGAGUCGAGGACCCUAGAGCAAAACUGAUCGUUCAAAGAUAAUUGGUGCAAGUUGAUGAAUCGGCAGAAGAUGAGGCUCCUACGUGCAAAUUCCAUUGCAAAUCUCACUUUGUUUACACCUUUUGUUUCGUCUCUUCUUGUGUCGAGUGUUGCUCCUUUGCUCGGACUGCACAUUGUUAAAAGUGUCUUUCCUUGAAAUCUUCUCUUGCUGUUCGAUUUCUAUAAUAUCCAGCGAUUCUGUGCAUUUCUUUGAACCAAAUGAGGGAAGCUCGGACAGAUGACGUCCGAUUGCUUUGGUUUAAAAUUCGUGUUGCAAGUUUAACGUUGUACUGUUGA